AUGUCAAUCUCUUAUGUCAAGAAAAGUGAGAACUUAGCGGAUCUGUUCACUAAACUUCUUACAAGAGAUAUGGUUGUUGAUUGCCGAAUUUGUGGUGAUCCAAACUCAGUACUUCAUUUUUCCUUCAUUGAAUUCACUGAUGAAGAAGGCGCAAGGGCUGCUUUGAGUCUCACAGGGACAAUGCUUGGAUUUUACCCUGUUAGAGUACUGCCCUCUAAGACAGCUAUUGCACCAGUUAACCCAACAUUUUUGCCAAGGACUGACGAUGAACGUGAGAUGUGUGAACGAACCAUUUAUUGUUCAAAUAUUGACAAAAAUGUUGCUCAAGCUGAUGUUAAACUCUUUUUUGAAUCAGUCUGUGGAGAGGUUUAUCUCCCAAGGCUGCUUGGGGACUAUCAUAAUUCUACUCGUAUUGCCUUUGUUGAGUUUGUAAUGAAAUUAGGGAAGGUGUAUUGUGACAAGUGA